AUGGCGUUGGAGAAAGAUACGCCGGCUGCUGGGAGAGGUGCCCUGGUCGUUGUGGAGGGGUUGGAUCGCGCUGGGAAAUCAACCCAAUGUGCUUCACUUCACCAGUCGCUCGUAGACCGAGGGCACAAGGCGAAGUACAUUCGGUUUCCAGACAGGACUACGGCCAUUGGCCAGAUGAUAGACCGAUACCUUCGAGGAGAAACGCAGCUAGACGACCAUGCAGUGCAUCUCCUAUUUUCUGCGAAUAGAUGGGAAGCCGCUAAGCAAAUACGACAAGAUAUCUCAGAUGGAAUCACUGUUAUUGUGGACCGAUAUUCGUACUCCGGAGCAGUCUACUCGGCUGCGAAAGAGAACGAGGAGUUGCAGCUGGACUGGGCAUGGAGGCCAGAAAUUGGGCUACCACGACCGGAUAUUUGGUUCUUUUUGAAUAUAUCUACUGAAGUUGCGGCUAAAAGGGGAGGUUAUGGGACGGAGAGAUAUGAAACUCUCAACUUGCAGAGGAAAGUUGGGAAGCUGUUCCUGUCCUUGUCUGGAUUGAAAGGCAAUGAGGACAUGCGGAUAAUUGAUGCAGGGAGAGAGAUGGAAGUUAUUUCCCGCGAAAUUCAGGAUGAAGUGCUACAGACUAUGGCGAGUGUUGAUACGAUAGGGCCAUUGAGGAAACUGGCUGCUUUACCGUUUGCAGAUGCAGAAACCAAGGACUCUGUCGCAUAG